UCUUCCUUUUAUUUCACACGCCAUAAAAAAAAGUUUGCCACUGCUGUCACUGUCAAGUUAAAUUAAAUGUCAGGAAAAAGUCUAAAUACGGGUAGAGGGGCAGGGUACGGAUGGAAGGAAAAUCAUUUAACGAGCCAACUAGACAAUAUUUUGGAAUUGGUGUUGAUAAUCUUGCGUUGCUAAUCGAGAAUCGCAAUCUCAUUGUAGUAGUCGCGCAAAUUUGAUUGCGUGUUGAUGUGUUCUAGAUAUUCCGAUUUGAUCUAACGCAAAUACAUAGAUUUCUACAAUUGCUUCACAAUGUCCGAGAAUGUGAAUAUUGACCUAUCCGGGGAAAUGAGCGCUACGACUGAAAAGAAAGGAUUUCAUAAGUAUGUGAAUGACAUGGAACUGCUGAUGCAACACAUCCGUAGUGGAGGCGGCCAAGCACUGUUGAUGGGUUUCUUGGCAUCUAGAAGACCCUGGACACAGUUUGUUGCAACAGAAAACUUUAAGGUUCCAGCAUCACUGCCGAGACUGACUCGCCGUAUUUACCGAAAUGUGGAAUAUUUCCAAGCCAAUUAUUUCAUGGUCUUCCUGGGGCUGUUUUUAUAUUGUCUCAUCACAUCUCCCUUUCUACUAAUAGCAAUGGUGGCUAGCUUCUUUGGCUACAGAAAACUUACUGCUGGCCCAAAUACAUGGAAGAUCGGAAGCUACGAGCUGACGAAAACGCAGCAAUACGCAGUCGCAGCCACAGGGUCGGUGGCUAUCUGCUGGUUUGCUGGCGUUGGGGCUGUGGUCUUCUGGGUUUUAGGUGCAACAGUGACGAUAGUGGCGCUGCACGCCGGCCUGUUCGACGCGGAGUCGCUCCCGCCUCUGGAAGAGGAGCAGUUUCCCAUGAUAGAGCAAGUGUGACACCUGUACCGCCUAACACACUCCACUAUUUGUUUAACGGAACACACUCUGUAAACAAACCGUAUACCGUUAUGACAGCAACAAUAUACAUGCGUGUAAUCAUUCACUAACACAUAUAACUGUAAUUUGAAACCUAGUAGAUAUUAAUCCAUAUUGUACUCUAAUCAAACUACUACAAAUUCGGAGAGGCCACUAACUUACCUAUAUAAGUAAAGAUACUGGCACAAAC